UCGAGGCCGAACCCCUGGCGUGCAGUUCUGUCGAAGGAGACCGAGGAUGAAGCUUCGAAUCUGUUUCGCUGUUAGCCUUCUGACGCUGGGUCAGGCUCGAGAUUGUGAAAUUUAUCAUGUGAGAGGCUUCGAAAUUCCCAUGGCUGUUGGUCCAAGAAAAGUAUCCGUUUUGCUUGAAAAGUAUAUGGAAAUCCGGAUUAGCUUUAACAAAUAUUUUGGUGUUAAUUCAACCGAAAAGAAGUGGCAUGAUUUGACUACCAAGAAAAAUGGAUCCAACUUCUGCGUGGCAGCUCCAACGCUCCUCGGCAAUGAGACAUGCAGUGGAAAUCAAGACGUGAUUUCCCUUCGUACGAGCUCCACGACGUCCUGGAAACUGGACUGCCCUGGCGUCGCUGAGGCGCCACAAGGUUCUCGGCAGUGUCGCCGUCACCAGCUUUACGCCGUGCAUCUCGGUCUUGAUUCCAUCCCAGCUUCGUUCUACUGGAAGCCUAAGGCCAUGGCCACAGGUUUAGCGGUAUCGGAUAAGGACCGCUCACGCCAGAUUUGGGCGAUGGACACGACUAUCUGGAAGGAUGUCACCUUAGGUCGUGAUUCCGGCCGGCCCUGUCGUGUAUGCAGUGAACGUCUGAACGCGAGUUUUUCAUGCGCUCAAAAACUCACAAGUGAAGAAUAUAUAACGUUUGAGAGUAUUAAUGAGAAUAUCAACAAAAGUAUAAGUUACUUUGCCUUUGAAUGCAGUGGUAUCCCAGACGAAAACGUCACCGAAUCGCCCUCGCCCAGUGAUGUUCCUCCCAUGCCUCCGCAAACGGUACCUCUUUGGAAUGUGUUGGCGAUCGUCGGCGCAGUCGACCUGGUCGCCAUCGCCGUCGUCUUGGUCGUAGUGAAGGUGAGGAAGUCCAGGUCGUCGAGAGAGGCCGCGAUUCCCGCCGAUGACCUGCACGACCCUGGCCGCGAUGACGACCGAGAGGACGACCACGACUAUUGCUACGUCGACUUGCCCGUCUCGAACGCCCAGCUGGAGCAGGAGAGGAGGGCGACGCGCACAGACUGCGGCGGAGAGACGACCAGCCUGCGCAGCCACGACUCCGAGAACUCUGCGUACGGGGAAAUCCAUUCAAAUGUAUCGCAGAGAGAGGGGCAGUAAGGGAGGGGGGGGGACAGGAAAACUGCGUCGCAAGCAAGGAUCUUCAGAUUGAAUUCCUGCAUUUACACUGCACUCUGCCAGGAUUGAAAUCGCAGGUAUCAAAACAUCAGGUUCAAUAAGCAGACAAACCCUCCGUCUAAACCAAAAAGCGAAAAUAUGUCACGUUUCGAGUCAGAUCGGUUUCCUCAUCAGGUCAUUGCGGUUUAUCGUCUGGCGGGGAGUCCAAAAUAUCUCGAAAUUGCAAUUGAAAGAGCUUAAGAGUUAAUGAUCCUUUCAUUUUCUGUCUGUUCCAUUUCGUCAGUAUAUGUUGGUGUUUCUUUCAUGCAGUUAUGUAUUUGUACCUGCCUUUAUUAUUUGACUUUGAGUUCUAUCCUAUUAGUUUUAAAUUGUCUCAUUCUGAUUCCGAGGCAUAUUUUCAAAUCAUAACAGUAAAGCUAAUGAUGAUCACUAUGAUAGAAAUAUGGUUAAUGAUACUGCUAUCACUGAUAUUAAAAUUAAUUGAAGUACCAAUCAAAAUGAUCCUACUGUAAUGAAUAUCAAUGCCAUUUUAAGAUCAUCACCAUCAUCUUCUAUUAAAAAUAUUAAUGUUACAUUUUAUAGAUGAUUAUCACUAAUAUUAUAUUGAAACGUCAUUGUAUGAUUGUACUUUUUUGUAAGUUACAAACAGGGACGCACCUUAUUAUCAAGUAUGUUAAAAAGCUACACUAAGACAAGUCCGGAAACACGUAUUUCCUUUGGCUUUUAAUAAAACUUUCA